CACAAUUGUCCAUGAAAUCAAAAGCUCCAUACACUUCGUGGGAUGUUGAGCGUUACCACCCCCACUCAGCUCCACGAAUAUACCGAGAUGUCUCGGUUAGCCGACUACUUCAUAGUCGUCGGCUACCAUCACGAAAAAGAGAGAGGUGGAAUUAGCAGUGGUUUAAUAUUACAAAGGUUCCCAGAAAAAGAUUGGGCUGAUACACCAUUUAUUGAAGGCAUAGAAUGGUUUUGCCAACCCCAAGGAUGGGCCUUGUCGACCGAAAGGCAAGAACCUCGAUUUUACGUGGCAAUAUUGACCGAUAUCGAUGCAAAUCGUCAUUACUGCGCGUGCAUGUGCUUCAACGAAACUGUCUCUAUAACACCCAGCAAACCUGUCGACGAAGAAGAGGAUCCCGUCGAUGGCGUUAAUCGUGCUCUCGUUAAAGCAAUCCCUGCUGUUUCACAUCACAGUAUCAUGUAUGCUCCAAAAUGUUUGGUCCUCGUCUCCAGACUUGAUUACAUCGAAACUUUUCGAAAUUGUUUGGGAAUUAUUUACACGGUUUAUGUGGAAAACAUUGGAAUACCUCUGGAGACAUUGGUGGGAAAUAUUUUGGGAUGUAUACAAGUUCCACCGGCUGGUGGGCCUCAAGUGCGAUUUAGCAUCGGUGCUGGCGAUCGACAAGCGUUACAACCUCCAAUUAGUCCCUCAUUACCGAUAACUCAUUGCAGCGUCAAUUUACUAUUCAUGCAAUUAGGUAUCAGAAAUGUCCUCGUGCUGUUUUGUGCAGUUAUGACGGAACACAAAAUUCUAUUUCACUCAUCAAGUUAUUCGCGUUUAACGGAAGGAUGUCGUGCUCUCACAGCUUUAAUGUAUCCAUUCAAAUAUACCCAUGUGAACAUUCCCCUAUUGCCGGCUGCUUUGAUUGACUUUCUCGACACUCCGACACCAUUUAUAAUGGGUGUUCAUAGUUCAUUGAAACAUGAAGUGGCUGAACUCAUGGACGUGAUUGUCGCGGAUCUUGAUGGCGGUUCGAUAAUGGUACCCGAUGGCGUAUCACUGGCACUUCUUCCCGAACCACUUUUAUCACAAACACAAGACGCAUUAUCAAUGGUAUUACAACCAGAAUUGGCCUGUGCGGAUUACGCUUUUCCUCCUCUUGCAACGAGAGCACCACAUCCGCCAAUGCUCGAUAAAGAAUUACGCGCUGUAUUUAUGCGAACUUUUGCUCAACUAUUGCAAGGCUAUCGCAGUUGUCUAACAUUAAUAAGAAUCCAUUCGAAACCGGUCAUCACCUUUCACAAGGCUGCAUUCCUCGGCGAACGUGGCCUAACCGACUGUGAUUUUACAACAAGAAUAUUGGACUGCAUGUUUUUCACUUCAUUUAUCGCUGAACGUGGACCACCUUGGAGGGCGUGUGACGUUUGGGAUGAAUUGCACAGUAAUUUUAGUGAUCAUUUAAAGCAAGAGUCGCAAGAUCAACGAUUAAUUUUAACACACAUUCAAGAAUUGGCGCAACAACUUUAUACUAAUGAAAAUCCAAAUCCCCAGCCUUAUGUACAAAAAAUUCUCAAACCACCCGAGGGGGCAUUCGCAAGAAUUCAUCAGCCAAUGUUGCCGAGAAUAAAUUCUGACACUGUGCAAGCAAUUAUUGACGAGGGUUUAACGAAGAGUAAUCUUAAAGUGAGAUUGUCGUCGUUGAGGCCAAUUCAGCCGCGUAUUGUUCCAAUGGGACCACACAUAUCGAAUACACACGAUAAUAGACAUUUAGUUAGUAAUUCAGCCCGACGUCUCGAGGUCCUUCGCAAUUGCAUCAAUUGUAUAUUCGAGAAUAAAAUAUCCGACGCUAGGAAAACAUUUCCCGCUGUGUUGCGCGCUUUGAAGAGUAAAGCGGCAAGACUGGCGCUUUGUAUGGAACUCUCUCAACAUGUGGUGGGCAAUAAGGCAAUGUUGGAACAUCAGCAAUUCGAUUUGGUAGUGAGGCUGAUGAACUGUGCAUUGCAAGACGAUUCAUCGAUGGACGAGCACGGUGUGGCGGCUGCUCUCUUGCCCCUCGCGACUGCCUUCUGUCGGAAGCUUUGUACGGGCGUGAUUCAGUUUGCUUACACCUGCAUUCAGGAGCACGCCGUGUGGCAGAGUUUGCAAUUUUGGGAAGACGCUUUCUACCUCGACGUUCAGAAGGACAUUAAGAGGUUGUAUUUACCGGGGGAAAAUACAACACCGCCGCGACAAAUCAAUGACAGUAUACUGAGUCCUAUUAGUCCACGAGAGAGUAAGGACUUUGCCUAUCGGGAGCGUGGUCAAGUGUCAUACCGAGUGCAAGAGCCGUCAGCUCUGGAAAUUGCCGCCGAGCAGAUGAGAAUUUGGUCAACGAUUAAUGGAGACAAGCAGCAGGAGCUCAUUGCAAGUGAGGAGAGUACAAUGUACAGUCAAGCGAUUCACUACGCUAAUCGAAUGGUCUACUUACUUGUGCCACUUGAUAUUAGUACGAAAACGCAUCGUCAGGAUCAUGUUUAUGAUGACGAGAGGGCGAGCAACAGCAUCACCAACAGUGUCGCGAGUGACAGUGGCGACGCCGAGUCGGGUUUCGAGGAGGCCGAUCCCGGUGAGACUGGGGCUUCGGUAAUAAGAAUGGUGUCGCGUUUCGUCGACCGAGUCUGCACCGAGGGCGGCGUGAGCACCGAGCACGUGAGGUGCCUCCACCAGAUGGUGCCCGGAGUGGUGCACAUGCAUAUCGAGACUCUCGAGGCAGUUCAUAGGGAGAGCAAACGCCUCCCACCGAUACAGAAGCCAAAGAUAUUGACACCAAACAUGCUUCCAGGGGAGGAGGUCGUCAUGGACGGUCUACGUGUCUACUUACUGCCCGACGGUCGCGAAGAAGGUUCGGCAGGUCUUCCAAAAACACCACCCCUAUUGCCGGCCGAGGGGGCCAUUUUCCUCACCAACUACAGAAUCGUCUUCAAGGGCAUUCCCUGCGACCCCUUCGCCUGCGAGCAGUUGGUGGUCCGCGCCUUCCCCGUCACCUCCCUCACGAAGGAGAAGCGCGUCUCGGUCCAACACCUGGCGCACUUGGACCAGUACAUCCAGGAAGGUCUGCAAUUACGAUCGUGCACCUUCCAGUUGAUCAAGUUAGCCUUCGACGAGGAGGUAACUCCGGAGAAUAUUGAGACACUGCGGAAACUGGUCCAGAAGGCCCGAAACCCCCCUCACAUCUUUCAUCAUUUCGCCUUCAACGGGCAGGUCCUAGUCACCCCGACGACGCACCACAAGGGCAAGGAGAAGAACGCCACCCUCAAGGGCUUCGCCAAGAAGACCCUAUUGAAGACUGCCAGGAAGGCCGGUUUCAAACCCAAGCAAUCGUCCAAACGCCAGAAGUACGUACUCCCGAACAUGAAUCUCACGAACAGCAACAAGUACAUGACAUCGCCGGGUCGCAUGAGUCUUCCAAUGACAGAGAACAACGACAUGAGUCACGACGACGAUCUCAGUGUGGACGAAUUCGAAAUCGCCGGCAUCGUGCCCACGCAGCCGACCGACGCCAAAACACUCGAGAGACUCUCGGAACGCAGCUACGUUCGCGACUGGUACCGCCUGGGUCUCUGCUCGUCCCGACCGCAGAACAACCGACGCAACGAACCUUUCCGCCUGACGUCGGCGAAUUGCGCCUACAUGUUAUGCAGAAGCUACCCGGCCCUUCUGCUGGUUCCGACCGCCGUGACCGACGACAGUAUUCGCCGCUUCUGCCGCCUCUACCGACACAACAGAAUCCCCGCAGUCACCUGGCGCCACCCGCGAACAAAGGCCCUUCUCAUCCGCGGCGCCGGCUACCACGGCAAGGGCGUGAUGGGCAUGCUGAAGGCCCACCCGACGUCGGCCGGCAACUUGAAAACUACCUCGUCGGAAAGCACGUCUUCCUUGGAGCAGGAGAAGUACAUAAUGGCCCUGGUCGCCGCCACUCCACUCUCGAUCCUCCGACAGGGCUCCGCCUGGGGAAUGUCGGACAGCUCCUUGAGUAUCGACUCCUUGCUGCUUGCCGCCGAGGACCGGAAUGCGACACCCGAACAGUCGAGACGAAAUCCCUUCAACAAGGCAGUGGGGAACCUGGGCUCGAGCGGAGGGAAAGGACCGAAGAAUUUUGGACGAUGGGGAUCGCUGAAGGACAAGAGGCACAGUUCGCAGGCCUCGUUGUCAUCGGUGAAUCAACGGGGAACGAUUCGUCACUCUGCCGAUUCUGAUAGUGGUACCGAGUGUGUGCACACCUUUCAACGCGCUGCCCUCUACGUCCUCGGGGAGAAGUCCUACAUGAAGGGCCCGAAACCCGAGACGGCAGCGCCUAAAACCGAUUUCAUACCGGUCGAAUUCUACGACGUUCGACACACGAAAGCUGCUUUUAAGAAGUUAAUGAAGGCGUGCGUGCCGAGUUCACCAAGUAUCGAACCGGAUCAGAGUUUUUAUAAAUUAAUCGAAAGUUCCGAGUGGUUGCAUCAACUGCAAAGUUUGAUGCAAUUGGCCGGGGCUGUUAUUGAUUUGAUGGACGUUCAGGGUUCGUCGGUUGCUGUAUGCCUGGAGGACGGCUGGGACACGACGGCGACAGUUUGCUCAAUUGCUCAGGUUUGCUUGGACCCACAUUAUCGAACGCUCGACGGAUUUCGCACACUGAUUGAGAAAGAAUGGCUUGGCUUUGGUCAUCGUUUCGGUCAUCGGAGUAAUCUAGCGACAAAUUCACAGACGACAAAUUUCACGCCAACUUUCCUUCAAUUUUUGGAUAUUGUCCAUCAAAUACAGAAGCAAUUUCCAUUGGCGUUUGAAUUUAAUGAGUAUUAUUUGAAGUUCUUGGCGUAUCAUUCGGUGUCUUGUCGGUUCAGGACAUUUUUGUUGGAUUGUGAAUUCGACAGGGUUGAGUGUGGCAUUACGGCGGUCGAAGACAAGAGGGGUUCGUUGACUAGUCAUCAUAAGGGUGUUGAUACGGGCAGUGACGAUGAGACUGUUUAUCCAGGCGGUCGUUUGGCGGGUACAAAUAUGGGUUGCAAUUUGGGUCAGAGUAUUUUUGAUUAUAUUGAGAAGCAACACGCGAGAUCGCCUUUGUUUUAUAAUUUUCUCUAUACGCCAAAUUCGGAGCAUCCGGUUUUGAGACCUGUUUCUCAUUUGCCUAAUUUGGAUAUUUGGAAUUAUUAUCUUGAAGAGGAAUUGGCGCAUGGACCCGCUUAUGAUUUGGAGAUUCUUCAGCAAGAUUCGCAGCAAGAAGAGGAGGCUGAGGCUGCCGAUGGGAUUGUCAAGAGCAAUCGAAAAGUUGUAACUCAAGGAUACAACAGCGUCAGUUCAAUGGUACCUGAUCAAUUUACUCACUUAUUAGAAGAAAUUCACAAAUUAGAAACGGAACUAGGACACUUGCCCCAGAAAUGGAAGGUCCUUUGGGAUAAACUCGAGUUGCCAAAUACUGAUUCCCUCGCGAGACACGCGUCUUUUAGUACGGCUCUGGUCAGACAUCACGGUCGGCUAAUUCACAAACGGUCCACAUUGGAAUUACUGUUAAGAGGGAAACUCGCUGGUGGAACUGCAACUGGAAAUGAGAGUUCUGUCUAUGCUCAUCCACACAGAUUCGAGAGGUUGGAUUCUGCGACACCAACUCAUUGUGAUGCGUGCUCUGGAGUUUUAUGGGGACCAGUAAAAGCGGGAUUGAGGUGCGUUGAUUGCGGUCACGUUUGUCACGACAAAUGUGCCGAUGCAGUGCCGAAAAAUUGUACAAAAUACAAAGCCGUAGCUGACAAUUUACAAUCGCACACUCUCACUCGAAGUGGCGGUGACAAUGGAAGCGUAAAUUCAAGUGUGACUACAAUGCAGACGACAUCGCAGCAAUACUAUGAUCAAUUUUCAAGUAAUGUUGCUGAAAACAGAACUCACGAGGGAUAUUUGUAUAAACGUGGUGCACUUCUCAAAGGUUGGAAGCAACGGUGGUUCGUACUCGAUUCUAUAAAACAUCAAUUGAGGUACUAUGACGCGAUGGAAGAUUCACAUUGCAAAGGCUACAUUGAUCUUGCCGAAGUCGUGUCCGUGACUCCUGCAGCACCAAUGCAGGGCCCACCAAAGAAAACAGAUGAUAAAUCAUUUUUUGAUUUACGCACAAAUAGGCGGACCUACAAUUUUUGCGCAGGUGACGCGGCAACGGCACAAGAAUGGAUCGAGAAGGUUCAAGCGUGCUUGCAGUAGUGCCUCUGUUCUAAUUUCUUUCAAAUUUUUAGUUUUGAAAAAAUCAUGCAAGUGACUGAUAGGAUAAUUUAAAUUUUACUUUUGUUAAAUAAUUUUUGUAUAGCUUAAUUAUAUAUCGUAAUAGAUGUUUUUUUUAAAUGUUGCGAAUCUCGUGAAGAACGAUUAUAGAGUUUAAAGACAAAGACUAUGUCAGCAAAACUGUUCUUAAGUAACAGAUCACUGUUGUACAUUAUUAUUCAUAAAUUUAAUUUUCACGUGUUUAAAGAAAAAAGAAACAUUUGAAAUUGCGACAGAAGAAUGAAAUACGGAGAGAUUUAUCUAAUACAUUUUUUUUAGUUUUGUUUCUUUUAUAUUUUUUUGGCAAAAAAAAGAAAAAAGAAAAAAAAAACCCAGAGUAUUGAAAGAGAAAAAUUUAUUUAAAGAGUCUAACUUAUAAGCUUCGUAUAUCUGUCGAUAUAUCAUUAGAUUUAGUGAAAAAAGAUUUAAAAUAAAAAAAUGAAACAAUGAGCAUUGACGCAAUCUCAUUUGUGAGAUGAAAAAAUAUAUCUAGGAGACAAAAAAACAUGCAUGCUCUGCUUUGGAAUUUGAAUUCGUCGCUAAAUAUUACAUUCUCAUUUUUUAUUUCGAAUACGCUUUUAAUUGUGAAAGAAAAAAAGGAAACGAUCAGAUACGACGGUUAGCAAAAGAUAAUUAUUGUUGUUUGUACACUAACUUCUGUGUAGCACAGAUGCCAUGAAGACUUAUUUAAUUUUAAGUAAAUAUUCUAUAAUCAAAUCUCUCUCUAAACAAAGAUAUACAGAUUACAGCGGAAUCGAUAUUUAAACGAAAAAAACAGUGGCAAACGCUUGUUCGCUUAGCUUUUUUUAUUUUAUUUUACUUUUUUUUUAAAGACCCUUUUUGUACAUUCCCCUGUUUCGUGAAAACGAAAUAUUCGCCUUUAAUGUUCGCUUUAAAUUUAUACGCGAUUAUGUAUUUACUUUUUAGACAAAAGUUGACUGAUACGCAUUAUCUGAAAUUUUUGCAAAAUAAAUUACAAUUUUUCGUUAAAAAAAACAA